GCAACAAAUGCCUUUUUCGGUGUUCAUGUCUAGCAUGCCCUCGUCGACGUGUAUCGCAACGCCUCCCGUCAACGCACUGCCCUCUGCCUCUCUGUACGUCCUCUAAUCCACAACUUCAGUUGAACCUGAAUAGCAAAUUCGCAGUGAUGGAAGCCAAUGAGCUCGUCAUUGCCUACGCGACUGCCUGUCGAUACUGCACCAUCGUUAGUCUGCUGGUUGAUGAGCUAGCGACGGCAUCGAUGGUAACGUGGACCCACAAGAGGAAGUGGUGGGCGCAAGCCUCCACGUGUGAUAAGGCAGUAUCACUUAUGCCAUCCGAUCGUCACCUCCCCAUAUACUCGUCGAACGACAGUUCUUACGCUUCUCUUGGAAGCAUGCAUUUCACCGAACAGGCCGUACAGCGGCUCUCUCGACGGUCUGCUGAGCCCCACAAUAUUAAAACAAGGGACCCUCCCGUCAAUUCCCGUCCUCUAAAGCCUGUCAGCCAUGGCGAACACGGUGUACAGGUAAACUGAUGACCACUUCCAGGCUGUCAACUGUCGACCCUCUGCCGAAAUCGCAAGCGGUGACCGCCUUCACCCAUUCUCUUGCGUACCCCUUGCGCCAUCGCCAGGACCUUUUGGACGCGGCAGAACGUAACGAGCGACGUACAGUGC